UGGAGGAAAAAAUGGCGGCGAGCAGUUCUUCCACAGCUAGCAACGCAAACAUCCCGGAGUAUGAAUAUAUUGACGUUAACACCAAGCCCUUUCAUAUCGGCUCGUUCAGAAACCUGUGGCUUGAAAGACUGAAACCCUGCCACUACUCUUACCAGGAGGAGGACGAGGAAGCGUUUGAGGCUGACUUUGCAAAGGAAAUGGGAAUCUCCAUGGAGAUAAUGGGUGAACUGAAAGCCAUCUGCAGUAUCGACUCACUUUCCUGCCACCCUGCAGAUGAGACCCCUGACCCAGAGGUUGUGCCCCCAGACUCCACUCUGAAAACACUGCUACAAAGAAAGAAGAGACAAGAUUACAAGAAUAAUCUAAAAAUCAAUAGGAGCGGCAGACAUGACUUCUAUGCUGAUGAACUGGAUCGAUUAACUGUGGGUAGAAAACCUGAAGAAGCAAAUGACAUGAUCCCUGAAGGGGAGGUCAUUCUUACCAUCAACAUCUAUUAUCCAGCCAUUUAUGACAGGUUUAACUACGUCAGACCCCAUAUGACUCUGAUGAUGACAGGCUCCCACAGCCUGGCUGACCUGAGGGAUGCCAUCUGCUGUGUCAGCGACUUGCAAGUGUGUGGAGAGUUCAGCAGCACCCCUGACAUGGCUCCAGAUUUCAUCAGCAAAGAUCAUUACAAGUCAGCCUUCUUCUUCUUUGAAGGCGUGUUUUACAACGACAUGCGAUUCCCUGAGUGUCAGGACAUUAGCAUGACCACCAUAGAGUGGGCAAAGAGCCGCAACUUCCCCUCCUAUCGCCAAGGCAAAAUGGAGGACGUAUUGCUUGCAGAUCUGGAAGUGAAAGUGGGGUUCCCUUACCUGUACUGUCACCAGGGAGACUGUGAACACCUUGUCAUCAUCACAGAUGUCAGACUGUCCCAUAAGAAUGACUGCCUUGACAGAAAGCUCUACCCGCUUCUCACCCACAAGCACAGGGUCAUCACCAGGAAGUGCUCCGUUUGCCAUGUCUACAUUGGCAGAUGGCUUACUACCAACGACCAGUUUGCUCCAAGCAACCCUUGUCUUUUUUGUGACAAGUGCUUCCGGAUGCUGCACUACGACGUUCAAGGCAACAAACUGGGCGAGUUCCUGGCGUACCCCUUUGUGGACCCGGGGGCGUUCAACUAGAGUUACAUUGAACUGCUGACAUGAAUGGUUUAAUGCUGCAUAAUACAGACACAUUUGUGUUUAUAUUUAAUUUGAAAUAGAAAUGUUUUGGUUCCUAGGUAAAUAUGUACAUUUUGUUUGAUAACAGAAAAUAUUUUUCUAUGUUUGUUUGCACAGAAAUGGCUUUUAUUUUUAACUGAAAACUUUUUGUUUGAAAUCAGUAAUAAAAUACUUUAAAAAACUGCA